GGACAGCUGGUGUACUUGAGGGACAGUAAAGAGGGCUGGAUCACAGGCACGGUUGUUGAUGCCUUUGAGAAUCAAGCUACAGUGCUUACAGAUAGUGGCCAGACUUUAUCUACCCAUGUCCAAGGUGUCCAUCUGAGGUCAGAAGACUACAGCUACAUAAACUGCUCAAAGCUGACAGAAGUGACUCCAAUCAAUGAAGCAACAGUUCUAGAAUGUCUUCACCAGCGGUUCUUGACGAACAUUUACUACACGUCUGCUGGCAGCACAAUAGUUGCUGUGAAUCCCUUCAAGGAUCUUCCAGAGCUCUACAACAUCAACAGAAUUGAGGAGUAUCACCAACAUAAAGAGGUUUCAGAACUGGACCCACACAUUUAUCUGAUUGCCGAGAAUGCGUACACAUCGAUGGUCCGGGGUCUUGGUCAGGUCAACCAGAGCAUUGUGGUCAGUGGAGAGAGUGGUGCUGGAAAGACUGUCUCUGCCAAACAUCUGCUGAGGUAUUUAACAAUUGUGUCCAGCCCUAAACAAGAGACAGGCUUGAAAAGUAUUCCUGGAAGUGCCAUCGAGAGGAGAGUGUUAGAUUCCAACCCCAUCCUAGAAGCAUUUGGAAAUGCAGCUACGCCCAGGAAUGAGAAUAGCUCCAGGUUUGGCAAGUUUAUUCAGCUUCAGUAUCACAGAAGUGGCUACAUCCUGGGUGGGGCUAUACAGACCUACCUGCUGGAGAAGACCAGAGUUGUGCACCAGGGGGCAGGGGCCAAUAACUUUCACAUAUUUUAUCAGGUGCUGAGUUUACAAGAGCUAUCAGCGGUUCCAGUCUGGUUAGAGGGAAUCAAAGGAGAUGUUGACAAGUCCAAACUGAAGUGUGCCAUACCGCAUCAAGCUGCAACUGUUCCCAUGCUACAGAUAGUUGAUGCUCUGACAGACAUAGGAGUGGAACCUCAGACCCAGGUGCUGCUGGCCAUCCUUCACUUGACACAGCUGAAGUUUGUUUCCUCUAGGGAUGAUGAAGCCAGUUCCAUGUCUGGGGAUGAAG